CUUGAGCGCAUGCGCUAGAUCGCGUAGGAAAACGAACGAAGAUGAUUGCCACACGAGGAUUGAAAACACCGUCUUUUGGUGUUGGUGAAAGAGUGUUAUGUUUUGAACCAGAUCCUACAAAAGUACGAGUGCUGUAUGAUUCAAAGAUACUGAAAGUAGAUUGGACAAGAGAUAGUGCAGGCAAGAGAGUUCCAGAGUACCUAGUUCAUUUCAAUGGCUGGAAUCAUAGUUGGGACAGGUGGGCUCCUGAACACUUCAUUCUCAAGUACACAGAUGAAAGCUUGGAACAUCAAGAGAAGCUCCAGAAAGAAGCAGAAGAGAAAAUGAGAAAGAAGAGGAGGAAGAGAACCUGGUCAGAGAUUCUUCAAGAAGCUAGAGAGAAGCGAGAGAAGAUGGCAAAGGAAAACAGUGCAAGUUCUGCAGAAGAUAGUAGUGUUGGUUCAAGUGACAGUGAAGAUGAAGAUGACGACGAAGCAGUAGAAGUUCCAAUCACAUUUCCUGAAGCCUUACAUGCAAAGCUAGAAGAUGACUGUUACUUCAUCACAUCCAAAAAGCAGCUGGUGAAGCUCCCACCAGAACACACAGCUCUGUCACUGAUGGAGACGUAUGUUAAGGAUUUUGCUUACCGGUGUCAGGCUCACAAUGUCAGGGUUCACCUGAGGCAACAAGGUACCGCUGGGAUGCCUGUAUCUCUCACCACACCAAAUAGCAACAAUGGAGAUUCUGUUGUGCCACCUCCGCUUCCACAGUUCAAUGUUGACCUAUGCAGAGAAGUGAUGGAUGGUAUUCGUAUACUCUUUGACUUUCUCUUGCCAACUAAUCUUCUCUAUGAUUGUGAGAGGACUCAGUACAACAGCCGCUACGCACAGCGCCCUCUUGAUACCAAUGGAGUAAAGGAUGACACUGCAAAGAUAAAGCCGUGUACCAAUGGCAAUGUAAGGGCUACAAGACGAUGGAGUAUGUCGCCCUCUAAAGACGUCUUACCACCAGUCUUAGAACCUCAGACAGCUGAAUCUCCACCAGUCCUCAAACCUGAGGCUGUAGUAGAUGGGAAGAAGGAGAAGCAGGAGCCGGCUCCUGCAAGAAGGAUCACAAGAAGGUCAUCAAGCAGUAGCUUUAACCAGUCAUCACCACCUCCACCACCGCCUCCAACCGUAUCAUCAACGAGGGAACUUAGAUCAUCAGACAGCCAAAGACGUAGGAGUGCUGACAUCAAGAUUUCUUCAUCUUCAGCCAACUCAGUCGUGACCUUGACUCACACCAAACGAGAUGAGGGUGAUGCCACUACUACCACCACCACCAAAGAACUCACCAACCACCAUCCUCCAUCUCGUAGCCUGCGUCAUUCCUCCAGGCUGGCAUCCUCCUCUUCCUCCUCCAUCACGCCCUCUCCCCCAGUCAUCACUAACAUGGACUCCAUCCCUUCCUUGGAAGCCUCAUCUUCUACCCCUGCACCGCAGACACCGCAGGUCCUCAGCAACGGUGAAAACAAAGACACCAUGAAGUUGAGGGGUAGCAGGGGGUCCUUGUCAACGGCCGAUGUUGGGAAGAUUCCGCAGACGGCGGAGCUUAGCAUCAAGGAGGAAGAAAAUGAUGAUGGAGUGUUUAGUAUAGAGAAGAAUUGUUGGAAGCUUCUGCCCGACGGAGCCCACUAUAACGGAGCAGAACCGCCAUGCAGGGUCUAUGGUGCUCAACAUCUAUUGAGACUCUUUGUUAAACUACCGGAAAUUCUUGGACGCAUGGAUCUACCAGCCAAGAAACUCAAGCCUCUGGUCAAGCACGUAGAGAUGUUUCUUAGAUGGUUAUCAGCUACAGAGCAGCUUUUGGAAUACUUCCCAGACAAGGCUUACGUCAGUGAAGCACACGCUCUCAGGGACAGAGGAGAUAUGAAGACAAAGAGAACAGUGGCUGUAAAAUGAAGUUAUUUUAUCAAGAUGUACACCUGUGGGUAUUGCAUAAACAUGCUGUUAUUGUUUUUCAUGGAAAUCAGCAAAUUAAUAAUUGAUUUUAGUUGGUGAUUGUAGUUAGAAAUGGAAUAUACCAAAUAGAGUCAGUUGCUAAUCCGGAUAAAUAGCUGCGAAAUUAAGAAUGUUGUUGAAGAUUUGGGAGUUCGGAUGCUGAAAAUUUAAAUUUUGCGUCUGUGUUGGUGCUUAGUUGGAAGCGCUGCCUUAUCUAGCUCCAAAAUCUACAUGCAAGAAGUGGUAAAAAAUUGCAUUAUAUGCAGCUCAGCACCUCGUGAUAUUCAUCAAGGAAUCAGCUUCGUUCUGAGUUUGGUGUUAUGCUGACAAUAAAAAUUGACCUAACACCAAAACUAAUAGCUCAGCUCCAAACUUGAAAUCCCCCAAUGCUGUUACAUGUAUCGUACCUGCCAACUCUUCCUAGUAAAUAUUCCUUUCUGGGGGAAAAAGAAAAGUGCCAUUUUAACCCGUUUUGUUUCUAUUUCUGUGAAUUUUUUCUGUAUCAUUGAAUAUUGAAUUUAAUAAUUCCUGAUUUUUUUUUCUAUUCCUUGGUUAUCAGGGUUGGCAGGUAUUUAUUUUUCAUGAUGUAAAAGAAAUAUUCUCUGAGCCAAGAGAUUACUAUCGAAGAGAUUAAAGGCUACAAAGACAAAUGUUGAACUUGUACUUAGUCAGGAAUUAUGAUAAUAAUAUUAUAUUGGCUACUUAUGUAGCGCACAGGUCCGUCUUUGAGUGCUCAUGGCGCUUCAUGUACUAUUCUACGAAAAUCAAAAUCUAAAUGUUGAAAGAAAAGGCAUGGAGGAAUGCUUUGAGAAGAAUAUUCUCUGACAUGCUAGAUCAUGGUUUACUUGUAGAGAUUAAAAGUCACAAACUGAAAGGAACCAGUUUAAAUGAAGAUGUAGCAUUCUAUGGAAGUGUUAAUCAAUAGUAGACCCACUUAAUAAAUAUUGAUUGCAAUGAUACAGUAAAAUCCACUAUAAAAGUGAAGAUGUAUGUUUUGUUUGAUUGAUGAUAACAAUGUGGGGGAUGGGAUUAUAGAGUAACUGGUUUCAAUGGCAAUCAAGGUUGAAACCAUUCUAAGACUUAAUAAUUGAUUACAAUUUAUUGUCAGAGAAAACUUUAUGGCUGAAAGUUGUUGGAGAAAUGACCAGUAGGUGUAGCAUUUUGCUGGCUUUUGUGACAAGUGUACCUUUCAUCAUUACAUUGUGCUUCAUCUACAAGAAAGGGUAUGGCCUUGAUGGUAUAUAAACUUUCAUGUCCUUAUUUGAUUGCUCUUGGUUUAUAUCACAAGAUUCUGGGAUAAAAAAAAGUCCCAUGUAAUUAUAUACAUGUAUAUUACAAAAGUUAAAAUCAAUUUUGCAUAUGGAAGUCAUUUACUUUUAUGAUGACAGUUUUUGUAGGACAAUGUCUGUUGCUUGCUGACAAAGCACGUAAUAUGUCCUGAAAAGUCAGCAGGUCAUGGCAGAGGCAGCGGAUCAU